AUUUUCAUUCAAAAAAUUGAAACAAAUCCAAACUCAUUUUCUUUGUCAGAAUCACUUGUUCUUCUUCUUCUUUUUCUUCUUCUUCUUCUUGAACUAACCAUGGAAUUGGAAAAUCAAAAUCAGGAUUCAAAUUUUCCAUUCUGGAAACCCAUUUCUCGUAAGUUCCAACCUGAUUCACCUUUCUUCGCUAUCGGUAACCUCGAACGAGAACUUCUUGUCAAACAGGUUGCGUUGGAAUUUGAAUUAACACAAGAGAAGGAACAGCUUGAGGAUUUUAUACAAGAAGAUGGAAGGGAAGUCUUCUGUCCCAUUGCUGGGUGUGGAGCGCGUUUGGCUUCAAUUGAGGAUUUUGAAAAUCACUAUAAUGCAAGACAUACUGCAUCCUGUUCUGUGUGUUCUAGAGUCUACCCCACAUCACGUUUGCUCAGCCUACAUGUAUCCGAAGCUCAUGAUUCUUUCUUUCAGGCAAAAGUUGCUCGUGGCUAUGACAUGUAUGAAUGCUUAGUGGAAGGUUGCGGUUUGAAAUUCAAAAGCUACAAAAGUAGGCAGCACCAUCUAGUUGACAAGCAUAAAUUCCCGACGUCAUUCGAGUUUUUCAAGAAGGCUCUUCCUUCAAAGAAACACAGGAUAAAGUCUCAACGCAAAAAGCCUUCUCAAAAGGAGGAUACUUCAGGAAUGAUGGAAGUGGAAAAUGCAGCUAUGGAUGACCUCGUUUCAGCAGUAUCUAGAUUAAAUACUUCAGACACCGCUCCUUCCUCUAUCAGCUUUGGUCGCCGUAACACCAAAGGCAUGUCAUUUGUCCCUCGAGCUGUUCAGCGUGGGAAGGGAUCUAACUCAGGCUCAUCUGUUACUAAGAAAUAAGCUUACACUUGAAUCAAUCUGCAUUAAUGUGAUUGCUUAAUCAUCAAUCUUCGGAUGCUGUCCCGUUGUAAAAUUGCUCGAUACCAGGGUUGAAGAUCAGAAAAUAGAAUCGUGCUGGAGGAUGUAAUAACAGCAUGCUUUUAUUAUGUAAGUGUCACUAACAUAGGUUUUGAGCCCAUGCAAAUUAUAUAUGCUAAUUAUGUGGAGUUUUUGAGUUUCUAUUUAGAGUGAUGUUGUUCUGUUUAGCUUAUAUUCUCUUUGGUGCAUAACAAGUCUGUUAUUAUAGUUGAAAGAAAUCACUCUUACAGCUUUUUGUAUGUUUGUCUGUCUUUGCAAAUAAAUACCAAGCUUUGCAAAUGGUGCCAUCUUCUUGUUGACAUUUAUUGUGAUUAA